CACACUUCUCUAACGCAAUGUUUAGGAAGUAAACAAACCAUCUGACUUAAGAUAGGCACAUAUGUAUCCAGCGAUGAGCUCGUCAAGUUGCCGCGUUUGCCUGGAGAGCUGUGAAAACAUGGUCAAUGUAUUUGGGGGAUGCAUGAAGUUGGAGUUUCCAUUGCCAGUAUGAUUUUUGAGUGCACCGGCUUCAAACCUGAGAAAGGCGAUCGUCUGCCAGAAACCAUGUGUACCACCUGCCUUCAGGAUGCGCGAAAUGCAUUUGAUAUUAAGAACACUUACGAAAGGAGCUCCCAAUUGUAUUGCCAGUUAUCAAAGAACUCUACGGAGGGGGCCUUUUUACUGACCAGAAUGUUGUGCCUGUGAAGGAAGAAGAAUCGUCAGACUUGCCAAGCAAGAUAGAACAUCCUUAUCAGUUUGUUGUGCAAUAUUUGCCAAGCAAGGUAGAACAUCAAUCAGACCAAUGCCUCGUAAAGAAUGAACCACUUGACGAAGACGCCUUCGAAGAGGAGCACAGUCCAAGUCCCAUUUCAGACUGUGGCGUUAUUCAAUCCCAAUGCGAGGUAAAGAUCGAGGAAGAUGAUGAUUAUGAGAGUGAUGGAUACUGUGAGCCUGGGAGUAGUGAUGGAGAGGAGAACAGCACACAUACAUGCUCUCAAUGUCCGAAGAUAUGUCCCUCGAAAAAAGAUCUUAAGCGACAUUUGCGAAUCCACGAAGAAGAACGACCAUUCAGGUGUACCCACUGCUCAGCGGCUUUUACUAGGAAUGGUCAUCUGGAAACACACAUGCUAACGCAUACGGGAGAACGACUGUUCAAGUGUUCUCAGUGCUCAAAGGCCUUCAAACGUAACUCACAUCUUCUAUCACACAUGCAAACGCAUACGGGAGAACGUUUGUUUAAGUGUGCCCAGUGUUCAAAGGCCUUUAAACGUAACUCCCAUCUUCAGGAUCACCUGCGUGUUCACACAGGCGAACGACCGUUCAAGUGCGAGCAAUGCUCAAAGACUUUUAAGUAUAAUACACAACUUUUCUAUCACAUGCGAGUGCAUACAGGAAAUCCUCUUAAAUGUACCUACUGUUCAAAAACUUUUGCAAGGAAUUAUAAUUUACAGAUUCACUUAGCAAGCCACACAGGAGAACGACCAUUUGAGUGUACCGAAUGCUCAGCGACUUUUGUGAGGAAAGCUAAUCUUCAGGAACACAUGCGAACUCAUACUGGAGAGCGACCUUUCGAGUGUGCCCAGUGCUCCAAAAGUUUUACUAAGAAGACACAUCUACAGGAACACUUGCUAGUUCACACAGGAGAACGACCGUUCAAGUGUGAUCAUUGCUCAAAGGAUUUCACACGUAAUUCACACCUUCAAAACCACUUGCUUGUGCAUACAGGAGAACUUUUGAAAUGUACAAUCUGCUUUAAAACUUUCGGAAGUAAUGCACAUCUAAAGCUCCACCUGGCAGUCCACUCAACGGAUCGACCAUUUAAGUGUACCCACUGCUCAGCGGAUUUUACGAGGAAUGAUUCCCUUCGAACACACAUGCGAACGCACACAGGACAACGACCGUUUAAAUGUACCCAGUGCUCAAAAACUUUUUUUACGAAUGCACAUCUGCAGGGACACUUGCGUGUACACACAGGAGAACGGCCUUUCAAGUGCUCCCAUUGUUCGAAGGCUUUUAAAGAUCAAUCAUACCUUCAGGUACACAUUCGCAUCCACACAGGAGAACGACCCUUUAACUGUUCCCACUGCUCAAAGAGUUUUUCACAGAGUUCAAGUCUGAAGCGACACUUGGAGACCCAUAAGGAAUAAUGAGUGUCUUAGAGUUUAAAAUUACCUUUUAAGUACCCGUUGUUUAUAAAUCUGUUAAAUUAUAAUAUAGGUAAUAUAA